GGGGUGAGGUGCGAAUCGAGUAGAAGAAGCAGCCAGAUUUUACCCCGCAAAAUGUGACGUUGGUACCAUGAUGAGUGGUUUCGAAGAGAUUGCUUUCAAGCCGCUUACAGGAGGCGGUAGCAUCCCGUUCGCCGACGAUGACGCCUCGACGAUACCGAGCCAAUCGGCACUCUACUCGUCGGAGAACCUGCAGGGGUUCCCGGUGGAACCGGAAGCGCGGCUUACUGUUGGCCACUUCCGGGGUCCACUGCUAAAGAGCUGCACGGAGAGUAGCGUGCCGUCGACGCGGAGUUUGAGCCAAAGUCUUGGAGCGGCGAGAUCGGCGCUGAGGAAGAGCCGGACGGACGGCUGUGUUCCGGAGGUGGAGGGUCGCCGGUUCACCGGAAGUGGUGCGGCGGGGACGUGGAGGCGACCGGAAGUCGGGCCGGGGGUGGAGAACGGGGUGCAGCAGGAGUCGUCGAGUGGAGAGGACAGGUCAAAGAGCACUAACUCGAUCGACGCUCACUCCGUGAAUAAUAUCCUUGAUCAGUACGAGGACCUCGAUUACAGUCCGUCGUCGGGCCUCAGCGACGUCGGUAGUAUAGACGUGAAUAAUUUCGAAGCGACGAUGAACCUCCAGAGGCAAAAAGAGGCGGAAUCCAGGUCGAAAAAGCAGAAAUCGGCGCCGAUUUUACCGCAGACAAAGAUCGGCACGAAAAUCGGUAAGCCGAUCGAUCUGCAGACCGAGCAGCAUCGGGUCACCUCCGAGGUCGAGAUCCUCCUGCGGAAAGGUGAGGUCCAGAAGAGAGUCGACGCGUGGCUUAGCCAGAGCCAGAGCCAGAGCCAGAGCCAGGGCUUUAAGGGGGGCAAGGAGCGCCCUCUAGUAAGGUCGAACAGUAGCAACUGCUACAGGUACGGUAAGGCCCCGAGUGCCGAGGGCAUAAGGGCGAGGCCUAAGGGUGGGGCGGAGACGAUGAGCUGCGACGAACUGAGCGACGAGAAGGCGCGGCGCGAGAAGGUCAGCGUGGGGGUGAACACGAGUCGUGGGCCCUACAAGGAGUACUUGGCGAACAGGAGCAGGGCCCGGCAGCAAGAGCAGGCCCCAAAAACUCCCGCGUCGCGGAUCCCGCAGCGGGGAAACGUCGCGAUUCCUGCGAGUAAGGCCCCGAAGAACGGGGCCGAAGCGGAGAGGGAGAAGGAGAAGGAGAAGGCCCGGAACGGGCCCCUCGCCGUGCCGACGCGGCGAUCCUCGUUGAAGCGCGUUGCUGCCGCCGGCGGUGAAGUCGGGACCGUCAAGGCCACGGGGCCCUGCGCUAAGGGCCCGAGUCCGAUCGGCGAGUCGCGGCCAAAUAAGGAGGGAGAAAGCUGCCGCCCGGUUAUCGACGCGACCUUGGCGCCGACGCUUCGGGCCCCCGCCGAACGGAAGGAGGGCCGAUCGCGGGCCCCACCGGUACCGAAGAAGGCGAAUCCCGUCUCGAGCUUCAAACCAAACAACGCGAUGUACGCGACCCUCCAAGCCGAGGAGGAUCAGCCCUUCGCUACUAGUCUUGGCAGCGAAUCGGUCGUCCGAUCUCAUUACGCGACCCCGAAGAUCAUAGAGAAGAUUUACGAGCGACCGAUGCUCGUCAUCCAUGCUGACGACCUGGAGGACGUUCUCAGGCCCAACGCCGCAACGAAGGUCUCAGCGUACGGCGAUCGGCAGAUCGGAAAAACGCGAAGCACGAUCGGCGGGGUUUUUGCCCCGCCACCGGAAGACGAUGCUUUCAUCGAGAUCGAGGCUGGGUCGCGGGGUGAACUGCUCGAGACCAUCAUGGAGGACCAGAGGAAGGAGAAUGGGGACCGGGAAUCCAGGUUCGGCACCGCGAACAACCACCUCGAGACGAUAUACGCCUCCCCGAGGUCGUCGGGGAUCGGACAGGUCGGGGAACCGGUCAGGAACACCUUCACUACCUUCCGACAAUCGUCGAGCCUCGUGAAUCCUCAGGACAAGCGAGACGGUGACGGUCAAAAUGGGACUCAGGACCUCGAGGCGAAGCCAGAAGCGCCGUUAACGAACGGUGCUCUUCGAUCGGAACUGGAAAUCGGUAAGGAGAAAAUCCCCCCGGUUGUCAACGCGGUCCUGAUGAAGACCCUGAGGUUUGAACAGGAUCUGCCGGCUGUUAUAACCCCGAAAAUCGAACCACCCUCGAAAAUUGAACCGAUUUUCAAUCCGCCGAUCAACGGUUUCAACUCGCGUGACGUUCUCAGCAGCGAUUACGACAACGUUUUGCUCCAGGAUUCGCUCAGGGCAAAGGAGGAGAAGCUCUACGUUACCAAAGAGGAAAUGGAGCAUGAACGGUUGAUGGAAAUGCUGCGGAAGGGCGACUUCGAGGCCGCUAAAUCGGAAUUGGAGCGAAGCUACACCCUCUCGACACCUGGAGGCGGAAGUCCGAUAUGUUGUCCACCAUGCAGUCCACCCCCAGCUCCAACGGCUUACAUUUCGAGCGCCAGAGCGUCGUCCCGUCGACUAGGAGUCGGAGGACCUUCAUCCCCGGAAAGAGAUCCGCUUGGAAGAUUGCUCAGAUUUUUGAAGACCUUCUACAGGGAAUUGGGGACCAGGGAUCCACCCCACCUGCCGGCGUGGGCGGCUCCUUUACCUCUUGGCACGCUUUGUCCGGCUCAUUUUCAGCCUCACCUCCAGCUGAUUCACAAAAGCGAGCAAGAGCAUCGCCUUGAGAAUAUAAAAAUCGACCAGAUCUUUGCCCCCGUUAGGCUCAGUGACGGCUCAGUGUCGGAAGCGCCUCGUCGAGUGGCUAUCGAAGGGGGUCCAGGAAGCGGACGAACGACGCUGUGCCUGCGGCUCUUGCACCAAUGGGCGACCCAGGUCGACGGUGGAUCACCGGCGCUGGCGCUGAUCGUGCCGCUACGAGAACUGCGAGGGAGUUCGGUGCUGAGUUACCUGUCGCGAGAGCUCCUGCCACGGACUUCGGGGCUGGGGGACGCGGCUACCCAGGUGUGGAGGACGCUGCACCUGAUGGAGGACCGCGUCCUCUUCGUCCUGGAUGGGUACGACGAGUGUGUGGGAGGCCGGCCCUCCCUCAGCGACGCGGUUGACCUUCUGGAGGGUCGCCUCUUCCCCGAUGCCCGCAUCCUGGUCACCUGCUCGCCCAAGAACUCUGGGGCACUUUCGCCCCUCGUUCAGAGGCGCGUCAACCUCGCUGGUCUCGAGUGGCCACACGUCGAGAGACUGUGCGCAGCCUAUUUCAUCCACAACGACAUCGCCGAUCGUGUACGCGACUUCCUUGAGGUCCUUAACGCCCAGCCGCAAUCCGUUCGACAACUUGGACAACAUCCCCUUGGAUGGGUUAUGCUGUGUUCGCUCUACCAGGACUCAGGCAGCCUCCCAGAAGAGGGUAGCGCCCUGGUUCAAGCAGCGGUGAAAUGCAUCGUAAAGCGAAGCCUGGACCCGCCGCUAUCCUACACCGAAGAAAUACCAGGUCACUGCAGAAAACGGCUCGAAGACUUCGGUCGACUGGCUUUGGGAGCGCUCCGCGAGGGGCGCUGCUGCUACACGGAGGCGGAGCUUCGGGCCCGAGGUGGGGGGCUAGAAGUGACGCGUCUGGGUUUCCUCACACGGGGCCUGACCUUCGGUCAGCGCAGGAAGCCUGAGCUUUUCACGCCGAUUCACGCGGCAGUCGCCGAGUUCCUGGCCGCCUAUUACCUCACCUCGGUUGCUCAGUACGCCAACAUCCUGCGCCGGGAGCUGGAAGGCCUUCCCACCGGUAUAAUCGGGCACCUAGCGGGCCUGCUGGGCCCCAAGACCCACUUGAUCCUGAACCAGCUCUGCCCCCUCGAGGUCCCACCGCGCGCCGUUUUCUCCCUCCUGAAAUCGGCCGGCGCAAGUGACGGCAACAUCACCGCCGUCUGCAGGCUCGUCGGUGCUGGCCCCGGGUUUGGGCCCGCUCCCAACGAGCCUCGCGUCGCCCCUCUCGUCCACACUGUUCCUAUCGAGCUUGAGGGUUGGGCCCGCAUUCUCGAGUCUUCGGCCUGCACACUCGAGGCUCUCGAGGUUGUUUUUCAGGUUGAAAGAGGCUCGGAUCCCAGGUUUCUUGAUGACUUUUUUGAGGCCCUUGCCGCAAAUGAGAGCGUCAGAUUGGUCAGGAUCACCUCGCUUCUUGGACACGAGUUUCCCGUCGACGAAGCUCAGCGGCUUGCUCGCCACCUGAAGAGCGUACUCGGAAAAAAUCGACUCAACGAUUUCGAACUCGUCAUCACUUGUCUGGAGGAAUCGGCUCAUGACAGGCUCGAGUGCGUGGUCAGCGCACUCUGUCGGGGCUUGGCCAACGCCUCACCGCAAUUAGCUCGCUUAGUCUUGGACAUGAAUUUGUCCGGUGAACAAGUAUCGAGGGUAUGUGAGGCCCUGAGAAGCUGCGUCCAGGUCCAGGCCCUACAUUUGCCCCAUCUAGGAUGUGGCCGCGAAGGACUCGCCUCAGUGGCUGAGCUCCUCAAGGAACGGCCUCUCCUCGCCCUGAACCUCGCCGGAAGUUGGGGUGCCAAAAACGAGGAUCCGUCCAGCUCGGGAAUCAGCAUGGGUUCCGGUUCUGGCUCAGGGAGCAGCGGGUGCGCUUCCAGCACCCUCGGAACACUGCCUCUGAACCGGUGCUACUCGUCGCUUCCUCGCGGAGCGCCGACGGUUUACGGAAGUCUGACGAGGCCCGCCACCCUUCCUCGACUUCCGCUGGGCUUGGGGCCUGUCCCUAUGCCCAAUGAUAGGGAAAACGGUAGCAAACGCAACAGCGAUAGUGUUCUCUGCCAUCGACUACCCCUUCUUCAUCCUCUGCCGACCUGCGAUCUUCCGAGUCAUCAAGGCACCGGUUUCCACGAGAUAUUCAGCGCCAUAAGAGAGCCGAACUGCAAACUCCGGUCCUUGAACGUGUCCAAAUGUCUUCUGGGAAGUCUCGACGCCGGAUGUCUCGCCGAGACCAUUAGACUGGCCCGAAAUCUCGACGCUCUAAGGGCCGCAGGGGCCUCACGACCCGCCGACAUGAUGCCCCUGGUUCUGGCCCUGACCGAGGCCCCCUGUCUCCAGCUCCUGGAUCUGGCGAGUCCCCGAUUAGCCCUCGACGAUCAUCCAUCCCGUCUGCUCUGCCACGCACUCGCUAGAAAUUCAACCCUGAAAUUACUCAGUCUGGAGGGAUGGACGUUCAGAAUAGAGGAAUCCGACAGCCUGACGGUAUUUUCCGAGCUUCUACGAUGCACAAGCGUCCGGGAACUGAGCUUAUGCAACGCCCGACUUCACCUGGCAGUUCACGAAGGACCUCUCUCCAGGUUGGGGCGUCGGGACGACGCAGGAGCGGAACUUUUAAGGGCUGCAGAACCGCCUGCGUGUCCGGCGAUAGUUUUCCUGAGACUGGCAGGCUUCCAGGUGACAGUGAACGACCGGCUCGCCUUGCGAGGGCCGCUGCUGCUGCCGUUCCUGGGCGGUUUCACCGCGCUUAGCGAGCUUGAUUUGUCUCUAGAUAAAUCGACGAUCGGAGGCAGCAGCGGCUCGCUCUUAUUCAUCGACGACAAGAUCCUGACGAGCUUUUUCGGCUGUUUGUCUUCUAACUUCCGGAGCCUCCAGUCCCUCAGGAUGAACUUCUGGCGAGUUACGCUUGAGGAUUGCGACCGGACGAUGCGACACAUAUCGAAGUACCUGAAGCUCUGCGGGCUGAGCUUCCUCAAGAUGAACGGUCUCAUCGUCACCGACAGCGUCAAGAAGGUCCAGGUGGAACACAGCUUCCUCGGCACCGUCGUCGGCAGCCUCCAAGCCCUUACCUGGCUCUGCAUCGACGGCAUCGAGCUUUCCGAGGCGCAGGCCGCCGUCCUGGGAAAAACCCUCAGGGAUCGUUUCCCCGGUUCUUCACUCGAGAUCAGCGCCAAGGACGUAAACGUCAAGGCCGUUAAAGCGCUCGUCGCUGCCGUCGAAGACGCCGGAAGAGCUGAAGUCCUUUACACCGGAGGUGCCCAUUGCAGACUGCGGAUAUCGAAGGUCCAGAAGAACGGAAAGCACAAAAAGAAGUGAGAUGGUCGGCUGCGGUUCGGAUAAUUCAAAUUCGACACUC